AUGCACAACGACCCGUCUGGUGUCUUGUCAUCCUGUGAUUUAUUUGUCGAUAGUCCAAUGGUUAAACAUCACUCUGACCUUCAUUAUUACCAUCAUCAACAUCAUCAUCCUAGUGAUUCGUCACGAUCACCAUCCGUCUGUUCAUCAUCACUUUCACCGAAAAAUUCAUCUACAACAGUUGCAAUUGCAACAGCAACAUCGGCGACAGUAUCUGUGCCUAUAGCAACAGGCACAACUGCUCUAAAUGAUAUUGAUCCACAAUUAGCUAAACAUGUUGAAUAUGAAUUAGGUUUAACUAAAAAGAAUGGUAGUGGUACACGAAAAAAUGCAUGGGGUAAUCUAAGUUAUGCUGAAUUGAUUUCUAAAGCUAUAACAACAAGUGCUGAACAACGUUUAACAUUAUCUGAAAUUUAUGAUUGGAUGAUUAAAUAUGUUCCUUUCUUUCGUAAUAAAGUCGAUAGAGUUAGUAGUGCUGGUUGGAAGAAUUCUAUUCGUCAUAAUUUAUCAUUACACAAUCGAUUUAAACGUAUACAAAGUGAAGGUACAGGUAAAUCAUCAUGGUGGAUUAUUAAUCCAGAUGAAAAAAAUACUUCGUCAAACAUUUCCAAUAGUACACUAUCAUCCACUAAUGGAUUAAAACAAUCACGACGUCGUUUAGGUCAAAAUUUAAAAUCCACUUCAACAACACCGAAACGACUUCGUACACCUCGUUCAAUAAUAAAAUCUUCUCGAAUAUUAACAGCUACUGAACAACAACAACAGCAACAACAACACCAACAACAACAAGACUCAAUUACUCAACAAAAUCCACUUGCUGAUAUAUCAUCCGUACCUGCUUAUGAUACACAACAAUGGACAACACAUUUAGAUUCUGAUACAACAGGUAAUCAUUUAUAUGAACAAGAUCUUUAUUCAACAUCAGUACAUACACCUUUAACGAACAAUAAUUCUACCGGUGGAAUUCAAUCAACAUAUCUAUUUGACGAUAUAACAACUAAUUAUGUAUCUAAUACAUCUUCAAAUCCUAAUAAUACAAACGAUUAUACUUAUCAUCAUCAUCAUCAUCACCAACCACAACAUUUUCAUCAUCAUCAUCCACCACAUACACUUUAUCAACAUCAUCAUGGAUCGAAUUAUGAUAUCGGUUCAAACAAUGGAUAUUAUCAUCAACAACCGGUGCUUAAUGAUCAUCAUUUACUUCCUAUGGAUACAUAUCAUACAAAUAAUGGACUAACAUAUCCUUUAUCACAACAACAAAUUGAACCACAUGAUGAUCAACAUACGUAUAUACGUGCUCAUUCAGCAUCAUCACAUUCAUCAUCAUCAUCAAUUUCACCACCAAUAUUAACAACAAAUAAUAAUAAUUUAGCAUCAUCGUCUUCAUCAGCUUCUUCAUCAUCAAGUUAUUCAUAUCAACAUAAAAAUUCUUCAUCAUCAUCCAAUGGUUAUCUUCAUCCAAAUUCUAAUGGAACAUUGACACUUUAUAGUCAUCAUCAUCAACAUCAUUCAGAUCUUGAAUCAUUACUUCAAUUGAAUGGUAUUGAUGAAGAAAAUGACGAUGAUGAUGAUCUUUCGACAUUAGUACAUCAUCAUCAUGGAAUGAUUGAUGAUCAACAACAAUUAUCUAAUUUUCUUCCCUCAAAUAAUCAUCAAUUAUUUUCACAUAAUGAACCAUCAACAUCAAUUUUACGUACGGUGCUGAAAAGACCAAUUGUCGAUAUGCACAAUCAAUAA